UAUACAACAAAACGGUGCGUUUAGUGUGGAACUUCUACUUCCUCUCCUUCUUCCCGUUCCCUGAUCCAAUCGCGUUAGGGUUUUUGAAAGUUACAAAUUUGUAAGAUCGUCUCCUAUCAUUAAUCCACUGAAAUGGCAGACGAAGCUAACAGAACAGCUUUCCUUGAAAUUCAAGGUCGCAUGAUCGAAACUACUGGAAAACUAAAACAGGUGCAAACCCAGAUGCGUUCCAAAGAAGCUGAAAAAAAGCGUGCUUAUUUGACCAUGGAAGAGCUAAAGCAAGUUCCUGAUGAUACUAAUGUUUACAAAUCUAUUGGUAUGCGAAGAAAAUCGUUUGUAUUGGAGACCAAGGCAUCAUUAAUGAAUGAACAGGACAAAAAGUUUAAAGAUGGUGAAGCUUCUGUUACUACAUUACAGAGCUCGAAAGAGUACUUGGAAAAGCAGAUGGCAGAGGUGGAAAGCAAUUUGAGAGAACUGUUACAGCAAGAUCCUGGUCUUGCUAGGCAAAUCAUGUCUAUGAAUGUAGUGUAAACUUUCCAUUAGUGAGAUUAUCUUUCGGUGAUGGGUUUUCUGGUGUAUUUGGGAAAAUAGAAAAAUUCAGGACUUGGUGAGAUACGAGGAUAUUUAUUGCCUGCAUCAUGGAUGAUCUUCUAUCCUUCUCAAAAUGUUGAUUUGGGGAGUUUUUGUAGGUUAUCAACUCUCAGACUGUUUUGUUUUCUUCA